AUGGGAAAGGAGUGGGACUUGCAGCAGAACCGCCCCUACAGCGCCCAGGACGUGUUCGGCAACCUGCAGCGGGAGCACGGCCUCGGCAAGGCGGCGGUGGUGAAGGCGCUGGACCAGCUGGCCCAGCAAGGCAAGAUCAGAGAGAAGACGUACGGCAAGCAGAAGAUCUAUUUUGCAGAUCAGGACCAGUUUGACACGGUGAGCGAUGCUGACCUCCAGGCCCUGGACGCCAAGAUCGUGGACCUCACCUCGAAGGUGCAGAGCGUGCAGCAGAGCUGCCGCCACAUGGAAGCUGAGCUGAAAGAGUUAACCAGUGCCCUGACCACUCCGGAGAUGCAGAGCGCGCUCCAGGAGCUACAGAAGGAGUGUGCGGGCUACCAGAAGAGACUGGAGAAUAUCAGGGCGGCCACCAACCAUGUAACUCCAGAAGAGAAGGAGCAGGUUUACCAGGAUAGGCAGAAGUACUGCAAGGAGUGGCGGAAGCGGAAGCGCAUGGCCACAGAACUGUGUGAUGCAAUUCUUGAAGGGUACCCCAAGAGUAAGAAGCAGUUCUUUGAGGAAGUUGGGAUAGAGACAGAUGAAGAUUACCAUGUUAAGCUCCCAGACCCCUGAGGCCUGCUGGGACUGGGGGAUGGUUGUGGAAGGCCUAGGAUAAAGUUGGGUUUUGGUGGCUGUUAACUGCUUUGCACCUGGGCAGAGCAGUGGGAGAAGGGGCAUAACCCCGAGUGCCGUGUGCAGCCCCGAGUGGCCGCACUCUGUCAUCGUCCACCCUCAACCCCUGGAGCUGACCACCUCGGCCUGGAGCAGCAUGAACGGGAAGCGUUUGGCAAUUAUUUAUUGUAAUAGUUCGAUAUAAAAAUGUUUGAUUUCCUUGUAA